AUGACUGGAAUCAAUGCCAAGAAAGAUCAUGCAUUCAAGAUAAAUCAUAGAGCUCUUCUUGUUUUACUAAGUAUGCAGAAGCUGGUUUAUGGAGCAGUCCUGCCUGUUAUGCCACAUCAUACAGAUAUCAGUGGUGCUUCAACAAUCGGUCCAACCACCACCAUAUCCUCAGUAGGACAUGGCACUAUGGACAAAAACCCAGAACAGAUCUCAAAGGAUGCUCAAAAGUAUGAAAAACAAAAUCAAGUGAUUGAGAAGAAUUUAAAGAACCCAAAGGAAAGCACAAAUGAAGAAUUGAGUCAGGAGACCAAGUUUAUCAGAAAAUUAUUGUACUAUGAUAACUUUAUUUCAGAUCCACCUAUGCAGUCUCAUGCACCUGCACCUGCACCAGCUCCUGGUCAAAGAAUGGAUCUAAAACAAAAGCAUGAUUAUCGGAAACUCACCAUAGGUUUGGUUGCAGCACUGGUUUGUUCUGUGUUUGUGUCAAUAUUGAUGAAAGUUAUGAAGCAGAAAGACAAAGGUGUUCAGGGCCCUAUGUAG